AUGGAUAAUUUCAAAGGCGAGAAUCCAGAAUCUCCAGAGGAUAUUCUGCAAAAGAUACCGGUGCUUUCAAGCUAUGCCAAGGGCCUAGAAAACCACAUAAAAGAACGAUAUUUGAAGAAGAUUUCUGUGGUGGGAGUAGAUCCGGCGGCUUUACCGAGCGAGCAGUUGAGUCCUGAAUGCUUGCCGCCAAUAGAAGUCUCCGACUUACUCUCGUACUUAGUUCUAGAGACAAGCCAUUACACGAAUAAGCAAUUUAAGGCUUUCAAAAGUCUUCAGGCAUAUAAUCAAAUGGUUUCUGGCUUUGUCACGUCAGUUAAUGGAAAGGAAAUAGCGGACAAGCAUGUUGUAGUGGCUAAAGUGCGACAUUCGCAGAGCAUGAGAGAUCCUCUAGUGAAUAUUUGGAUCAUCACAGAGAAAGAUGGAAACAUUAUCUCGGCGCAUUGUUUAGAUUGCAAAGCAGGCCUAGGUGAAACCUGCUCCCAUGUAGCGAGUGCUCUGUUUUACAUCGAAGCCAUAACACAGAUCCAAGGAAAGCUCGCCUGUACUCAAGUGAAAUGCACGUGGGUUUUACCGACGUAUGUGAACGAAGUACCAUACGCGAGAGCAGAGGAUAUCAACUUUUCGUCUGCCCAAAAGCUAAAAACCACAUUGGAUCUGCAAAUUGAGUCAUUACCUCAAAAUGCUGGGGAGAAUAAGGAAACAAAUACCGUAGAACAACGCCGUGGACAACAAUUUGGUUCGACUCCGCCAUCAGAUAGAGAAAUGGAGGAGGUCUAUGCCAAACUGAAUAAUUGUCGUAACAAAGCUGUGGCUCUAAGCUUGAUUGAUCCUUAUGCCGAUCAGUUUAUCGAUGAAAGUCGCACACUACCGACCAUUUCAGAAUUAUUUCAGACUAAAAAUCUUGAUCUUCAGUACCCGGAGCUACUUAAAUUGUGUACUAAUAUCACAUUAAAUAUUUCUGAGGACCACAUAAACAAAGUGGAAAUAAACUCACGAACCCAGGCAAACGGUUCAGGAUUUUAUAGACAUCGUGCUGGCAGAAUUGGCGCAUCUGUUAGCAGUGCAGUAUUCCACACAAACCUUGCACAACCCUCCCAGUCCUUGAUUAGGACAAUUUGCUACCCAAGCCUUUAUAAGGUCAAUACUAAAGCAGUCAGGCAUGGUCAAAAGCACGAGAGUGAUGCCAUAAAGGCAUAUGAAGCGGCUGUCAAAGCAAAGCAUGCAAACUUAGAGGUAAAGAGGUGUGGAUUAUUUAUAAACAAAGGGAAAGCAUUUCUCCAUGCCACACCUGAUUUCCUUGUGUCUUGUAGCUGUUGCGGGAAUGGGUGUGGGGAAGUGAAGUGCCCUUUCAUCAUCAAAGAUGGUAAUUUUGAGGACUAUAUUCAACAAAAGAAUUCCUGCCUAGAAAAAGUAAAUGGGCACUUCCAACUAAAGAAAACUCACAGCUACUACUUUCAAGUACAGCAGCAACUCUUCUCAGUGCCAGAUGUCAAAUAUUGUGACUUUGUGGUAUGUGCUAUUGAUAAAAUGAAAAACAUUCAUUUAGUAGUUCAACGCAUAUACCCUGACAUUGAACACUGGAACCGUGUGCUGCCUAAAUUAGAAAUAUUUUGGACAAUAUGCAUUCUCCCUGAGAUUUUGGGGCGAUGGUAUACUCGACGUUGCACAGUGCCAGUUAAAUUACCAGAUAAGGAUGCCAUCUGUUUCUGUCGAAUGAAAAGAGAUGAAGAGAGCAUUUUAUGCAGUAAUGAGGAAUGCCCUUACAAAGGGUUUCACGCUUCCUGUCUAUCUCUUACUUCUGUGAAAAUGCCGAAGACAUGGUACUGCCCUCAUUGUUGCAGACUUCCUCAGUUUAAGAAGAGAGGAGGUACUAGAAAGGUAUCACAUGCUGUAUCAAAUCAAGCAGCUAUGAAGUGUGACAGCAUCUGUAUCUGCAAGUCAAAGCCCUUACCCACAGACAAGUUAGUAGAGUGUCAUGGACAAGGCUGCAAAAAUGGAAAGUUUUUUCACCUGCCUUGUUUAAAUUUGAAAAGAAUGCCCAACAACCACAGAACAACUUGGAAAUGUUCUGCAUGCAAAAAAGCUAUUCCUGUUCCAGCUACCACUUGUUCUUCUUCCUCCGGUUCCGAUAGUAGUGAUGAGGACAUUGACGUUGUUAUCACCAAAGUUUGUGAGGGUGAAACUGAUAAGACUUCUGCCUUUGCAAAGAUGACAGACUCCCAUUUUGAUUUAAUUACUAGUCCUACUGGAUGGCUAGACUGUGACAUUAUUCAGCAAGCUCAAGUUUUACUACAGCUUGAGAAUGCAGCAAUUGAUGGCUUUCAGCGACCUACACUUGGUCGAGUUAGAAAUUUUGACGUUGUCAGUAGUGAAUUUGUGCAAAUUCUACAUACUGGUAACAGCCACUGGGUGUGUAUCAGCUCAGUUGGAUGUCUGCCAGGACAUGUUAACCUCUAUGACAGCCUUUAUGACUCUGUUUUAAGCCAGGAAAUAGAGGAACAGGCAAAUGAUUUGCUAGGUGGGAGAUUGGAAGCUCUCAAUCCUAUGCCAGUGCAGCAACAAAGAAAUGGCAGUGACUGUGGGGUUUUUGCAAUUGCAUUUUCUACCUGCCUAGUAUUUGGAGAAGAUCCAACAUUUGUAAAUUUUGAUAUGUUGAAAAUGAGGCCUCAUUUAACUGCAUGUCUUAGAAAUGGAAGAAUGAGCUUGUUUCCUUCAUUUUAA